AUGGCUGUGUCUUAUCGCGAUCUCUCCGGUCAACGCCUUGUGUUGGCCAGCACAACGUUAUUGGCGCUGCGGGAGAAAAAUCUACCAUCUGACAGCACCGGUCUUCGAAUUGGCGUACAAAUUGGUACCGUAGACAUCACUGUGACAGAUUUUUUUGGAUGGUUCGUGGUUAACGUCGGUUCAAGUGCUAAUAGCAUUCCUGCAGGACGUGGAAUUUGGGUAGUUGCCGAGGGUAGACUCUUCUAUUAG